GCGGGUGGUGUUCCGAGCGGAGCGGAGGAGUGGGGGCUGCCCGGCCGCUGCCGCCUCUCAUGCCCGCACGGCAACAAAGGGCGCGCUGAGCGGCGGGCGGAGGUGCCGGGCCCCGGCCGUGCCGGCGCGGAGGGCACCGGGAGACGAUGGCGAGGAAGGGAGAAGCCUCCGCGCCUCUCUACGGUGAACCAAGGAAAUUUGACCCAAAGUUCAGAGGACCUAUUCAUAACAGGCACUGUACAGACACUGUUUGCUGUGUGAUCUUCAUAGUCGUCAUUCUGGGUUACAUUGCAUUAGGAAUUGUGGCUUGGGUGCACGGCGACCCCAGGAAAGUGAUUUAUCCAACUGACAGCUAUGGGCAGUUCUGUGGUCAGAAAGAUACCGCCAACGAGAACAAGACCAUUUUGUUUUACUUUAACAUUCUGAAAUGUGCCAGCCCCGUAGUGUUAAUAAACCUACAGUGCCCUACAACACAGCUUUGUGUCUCGAAGUGCCCAGACAGGUUUGCAACCUACAUUGACGUUCAGGCUUCCUACAGAUAUAAACCAGACCAGUGGAAUUACUUCAGGCAGUUCUGCAAACCUGGUUUUAACAAUCCUCGCAAGUCUGUUGCUCAAGUCCUACGUGAUGAAGAUUGUCCUUCGAUGAUCAUUCCAAGCAGGCCUUUUCUUAAGAGAUGCUUCCCAGACUUCUCCACGAAGAAUGGUGUGCUCACCGUGGCAAAUCAGACUACGUUCAGAGAUGGAAGAGGGAAAACAAGAAAUGUAACUGAUCUUAGGGAAGCUGCAAAUGGCAUCAAUAAUGUCCUGGAUGCAAGAUCAGUUGGAGUGAAAAUUUUUGAAGACUAUGCCAUUUCUUGGUAUUGGAUUUUAAUUGGGCUUUUCAUUGCAAUGAUUGUGAGUCUGCUCUUCCUGGUGUUAUUGAGGUUCACGGCUGGGGUUCUCUUCUGGAUUUUCAUCUUUGGUGUGAUUGGAAUUAUAGGUUAUGGCAUCUGGCAUUGUUACUGGGAGUACGAUCAUCUUAAAGGAAUACCUGGCUCUGACCUCACUGUUUACGAUAUUGGAUUCCAGACAGACUUCAGAGUUUACCUGCAACUGAGGCAAACAUGGUUAGCGUUUAUGAUAUUACUUUGUAUUGUUGAGGUCAUAAUCAUACUGAUGCUGAUCUUCCUAAGGAAUCGGAUCCGGAUUGCUAUUGCACUGUUGAAGGAAGGUAGUAGGGCUAUUGGCUAUAUAAUGUCUACAUUGUUCUACCCAAUCGUCACCUUCAUACUCAUUGCGAUUUGUAUUUCCUACUGGGCUGUGACAGCUGUUUUUCUGGCUACAUCAGGAGAACCUGUGUAUAAAGUAAUGGCUAAUCAAACACUGUGCAAGUAUGCAAACCUGACUUGUGACCCAGAGAGUUUUAACACAACCAACGUUACUAAAUUGUGUCCAGGUGCUCAGUGUACUUUUGCUUUUUAUGGAGGAGAAAGCCUGUACCAUAAGUAUAUCUUCAUCUUCCAGUUAGCCAAUGCCUUUGUCUUUCUCUGGUUGGUGAACUUUGCAAUUGCACUGGGUCAGUGUACCCUUGCUGGUGCCUUUGCCUCAUAUUACUGGGCCUCUCGAAAACCAGCUGAUAUUCCACUGUGGCCGCUCUUCUCUUCGUUUGGACGAGCAAUACGCUACCAUACAGGUUCGCUGGCAUUUGGAGCCUUAAUUCUUGCAAUUGUCCAGCUUAUUAGAGUAAUACUGGAGUACUUGGAUCACAAACUGAAAGGUACACAGAACUCCUUCACCAGAUUUCUACUCUGCUGCCUCAAAUGCUGUUUCUGGUGUUUGGAAAAAUUCUUAAAAUUUAUAAACAGAAAUGCCUACAUCAUGAUUGCCAUAUACGGUAAAAACUUCUGCACCUCGGCAAAGGAAGCAUUUUUUUUGCUCAUGCGGAAUGUGGUGAGAGUUGCAGUUCUGGACAAAGUUACAGACUUCCUUUUAUUCCUGGGGAAAAUUCUCGUUGCUGGUGGUGUAGGCGUUCUUGCGUUCUUCUUCUUCACGCAGAGAAUACCCAUCUUUGCCCAGGAAGCACCGAUGUUGAAUUACUACUGGGUACCUUUGUUGACGGUCAUUAUUGGCUCCUACCUAGUUGCACAUGGGUUCUUCAGCGUCUAUGCAAUGUGUGUUGACACGCUCUUCCUCUGCUUUUGUGAAGACCUGGAAAGAAAUGAUGGAUCUACAGCAAAACCCUACUUCAUGUCAGCUAGCCUUCACCGAAUUCUAGGGAAGAAGGAACUAAGCCCUAAGAAGGCAGUGGGAUAACAGACACUAAACCUCAACAUCAAAACAGUGUCACUUCUAAGCAAAACAUGUAUAAAAUAGGCAAAAGUAAAAACUGUAAAUGAUGCUUCUGGUUAAUGGGUGAUUCUUUUUUCCUUUUGCUUAUAUCUAAAAAAAUGAGCAACAUUGGUAACAUUUAACUAGUUUAAAUGCUUAAACUAACAGCUGUGAAAACAAGGCCACGUUUUAGUUUAUAGAGUGCCUGUGAAAAGGAAAAUGUAAAUUUGAAGCUUUUUUAAGCCUAUAAUGAUGUUUUAAUAACUUUUGUAACACAAGUUGCUGCCUUAGAUGACAGCAGUUUUGAUAAUGUUUCUUUUUAUAAGUGUAUAUUUGUAAAAGAAAUUCAGGCGAUUUUUUGAAAGCACUAACAUAUAACCUAAUUAGCCAUAAAAAGAUAGUUUGAGACUCUCUAGUUAACCAGGAGAUGGUACUAAAUUUGUAAAUAUGGUGCUAUGAUUGUAUUUUUUUGUACGAGCUGGUUCCCAGCUAUUUAAACUGUGAUUAUACAUGCAUUAAUGAUUCCCUACACUGAAAAAUGUAGUGAUAUUUUAAUCACACCCACAACUGCGUCUUUUAAGAAAUGGUGGUACCUGCAGGUCCCAAAGGCGGCAGUCAGAGAAGACAAUAGUUGAUACUGCUUAAAGUGACAUUUUCUGUGAGUUGUGCUUAAAAGAUGAUGCGACCGAGAGAAGGUCCCACUGCACUUGAAGUGAUUUGUGGUUCACACAAAUGAGGUUUCAUCUGGUACAAGAUGGUGAAUGUAUCGUUUUUAGCUGAUGUCUAAGUGAGAUGCACUUGUGUUAAUAUCCCCCUGUCUCUGACGAGUCUCUGAUUGUGUUCUACAUUAUGAGGAAGUUGAGCUUCAUUGAAAGGAAAACCAAAUGCAGUCUUUUUUUCCUUGGAAGAAAGUCUUUGCCAUAUACGCGCACAAGGAAUGCUUCCAGCUCGGAAGGGCUGCUUAGCCAGCGUGGCACUGACCGUGCGGGCCUGAGGCCAGCUCUGCUCUUUCUGCGGGUCUCCAGGCUCCCCGUGGCUCACGCAGAAAGGCGUUAAGACACUGAACUUGAGUCUUCUCAUGAUGCAGGAUGAAUUAUUUAGUUACUGAAAGAUGCUCCUAAAGAUUUAGUUUGCUUUUUGAUUAUUGAAUUUGCCCAGUGAUUAGUACAAAAUCUAUUGUUAGAAACUACAUUAACAUUCUGUUCAGUUUUGUGGCCCUCCCAUGAGCAGAGCUGUCACUGAGGUGAGCAACAGCUCUGCUCAUGGAGAAACUCUUACACACGAGUACUUCUCAAGUCUGGUAGUGCCAUGAGCUGAGCUGAAAAGGUUUUAAUUUAUUAGUCUCAUGGAUGCCCAAGGACCCAGCCAUACUGAGGCCUGCCCCUAGUUUUCAUGGAUUCCACCGCACUGAGCAAGGUGUUCCAUUACUGUCCGCUUCCCAGGAGUGGCACGUGCCAGACCUCUGCCAGACCUGCUGCAGGAGCUCAGUGCCUGGAAAUACUCUUCUAGCUCCAGGAGUCUGUUGGUCUCUCAAAGAGAAAGGCAAAUUCUUUUCCAGAUGAUCUGAAUGCAAGUUUCUGGGGAAAAUUUACUGAUGAUCCACAUGCCAAAGUGAUUUUGCUCUCCAACUUAGGGCUCCAGUUUGUGAUGACUGUACUAGAGAGGCAGAAACACUGUCCUUCAGGCAACAGCUCUGGGGUCACCUUGAUGCACAAGGGGUCACCACCCUUGUGCCUGCAGUCAUGGGCACGGUGGGAUCUUGAAGUCCUGGGAGCUGAGGGCAGGUGACAGGACACUCGCACACAUUCGCUGUCACCCAGCAGGCACCGCAGCCCUUUCCCCGGAGGCAGGAGUGAGUGGUUCAGUUUAGGAUUCAAAUAAUCUAAAACAAGGGCGUACAGCGUCAAACCUAACCACUGAUUGUGGGCAGCUUCAGUUUUUGAUAAACCCUCGUGAGAUACCCCAGAGGAAACCUGACUUUCAGAAAGGGCUGAGAAACCCACCUUCGGAAGAAAAAUCAGACUCUUGGCUGGUGAAGUUUUUCAUCACCAUCGUCCUUCUUUUCUCACUGUGGGCAUGGCAUUGAAUAUACAAGCCCCCAUUAUUCUGAUCUCUUCUGAGAGUUAAGGCAGUAACUUUUUGGGGUUUGUGUCGCCAUUCUGUGAUCAAAAAAGCUGCUGGUCUGAUUACAGUCCAUGUGCUAAAGCUUUUUUUUU